AUGGAAAGUCGAAGUGUCGCUGAAAAAAGAAAAUUUUAUUUGGAAUCCAUUCAGAAUUUCAGAAGUCAAGGUUAUAAUAUUUAUUACCUCGACGAAACAUGGUGUGGCGCAAACCACACGCUAUCUAAAGGAUGGGUUGAAUACAGUACCGAAAAAAAUGUUGACAAUUUUGAUGCGUAUCGUGAUGUUCAAAAAAUUGGCAACUAUCGUGGAGGAUUUGUGACUCCUUCAGGAGCUGGAAAGAGACUCAUCAUUUUGCAUGUUGGCAACGAAAAUGGGUUUGUGGAGUCCUGUAUGACAUGUUUCAUUGGAAAUAAAGGCUCUGCGGACUAUCACCAAGAAAUGAACGCGCAACAUUUCGAGGAGUGGUUCCGUCACUUGCUUAGAAUUCUACCCAGAAAUUCUGUUGUUGUUCUCGACCAGGCACCCUAUCACACGAUGCUCGAUCCCCAGUUCAGAAAUCCAACAACAAAAUGGAAAAAAGCAGAGAUAAUAGAAUGGCUCAUUCGACGUGAAGUUGAAAUACCAUCUGAUGUGUUUGACUUUAACCAAAAAAAUAAACCGGAUUUGUUAUUACUUGCACGUCACUAUCAUUAUCCAAAAGUGUAUUUACUGGAUAAAAUUGCAGAAGAAAUGAGAAACGGUGAAAUACAUUUGCUAUGGUUACCAGUAGCUCAUUGCGAGCUAAACCCAAUCGAGCUGAUUUGGGCAUAUGUAAAAAAAGAUGUAGCAAAAAAAACAAAACCUUCAAAAUCGCGGAUGUUCGAAACUUGUGUGAGGAAUCCAUGA